AUGACCAUGAUGUCUCUGAGCAGGAGGAGGAGGAAGUCGACAGUGCGUAUCCCGACACUGAUCAUGGACUUGGUCCUGGUCCUGAGUCUGGGUCUGGACCUGGGUUUGAGUCUGAGUUUGCGUCUGAGUCUGCGUUUGGCUCUGGCAUUGACGCUGAUGCUGAUGCUGAGACUGACUCUGAUUCUGGUCAUGACAAUAUCUUCUCCGCGUCCCCUGCGUCUGAUACCCCGGUCCCUGCGACGACCACUGCCAGCAGCACGCGCAGCAGAACGUAUGGUCUCCGUCGCUGUCCGCGUCGCUGUCUUGGGGCCCGGGGUGUGA